UUACCACAGCCACAAAGUCUUAAACCCCGCCUAUUUCUACAAUGUAUCUUAAAAUGUGAUUUAAAACCUAAUGUUAACGACACUUCUAGUCUUUUGCCUAACCCAAUCUUUAAAUUAAGACCAAAACGCACAUUUGUGUUUACAUGAAUUACAAUAUAUUUGGACUGUGUGGCUGUGGUAAUUAGUGGAAGGGCAUCAACCGGGUCCGCGCCACCAACAUACGAAGGACAGCAUCGACCUCGACCAGACAUUCGCAACGCAGGCUGUAGUGGGACAGAAACCUCGUAGAGCCAAAGAUCGCGUAUCCGUCGUCAGAUUAACCUUUUCAGUUCUAAUUGCCUCAUCGUCUCGUACAUUGCAGGUAAAUUGCAAUAAUUUUGAGCCUUUGGAAACCUGGCUGAACAAGGACACAACUUCACCAUGUCAGAAACCAUUCAGAGAAAGACUGGCUUGGCCAACUCUGCUGAAGCCAAGAAAACAGAGCUCAGAAUUAAUGAGAAGAAAUGCUCAUGGGCAUCCUACAUGACAAACUCUCCCACAGUGAUUGUAAUGAUCGGCCUACCUGCCAGGGGAAAGACCUACAUGUCUAAGAAACUGACACGGUACCUCAACUGGAUAGGGGUGCCAACCAAAGUGUUUAACUUGGGUGUCUACCGCCGAGAGGCCGUCAAAGCUUACAAGUCCUACGACUUCUUCAGGCACGACAACAAGGAAGCCAUGGAAAUAAGGAAACAGUGUGCCCUGGUAGCCCUGGAGGAUGUGAAGGGAUAUCUAACUGAAGAAGGUGGACAAAUCGCUGUAUUUGAUGCAACAAACACAACAAGGGAGAGGAGAGACCUCAUUCUUGAUUUUGGGAAAGAGAAUGCAUUCAAGGUGUUCUUUGUGGAGUCAGUGUGUGAUGACCCAGAAGUCAUUGCUGCUAAUAUUCUGGAAGUGAAGGUAUCCAGUCCAGACUACCCAGAGAGGCACAGAGAGAGAGUGAUGGAUGACUUUCUCAAACGCAUAGAGUGCUAUAAGGUUACAUACCAACCUUUGGAUCCCGAUGAUUAUGACAAGGACCUAUCCUUCAUCAAGGUGGAGAAUGUGGGCCGGCGUUUCCUGGUGAACCGGGUGCAGGACUACAUCCAGAGUAAGAUAGUGUACUACCUCAUGAACAUCCAAGUGCACUCUCACUCCCUCUACCUGUGCCGGCAUGGAGAGAGCAAUCACAACAUGGAGGGCCGUAUCGGAGGUGACUCGGAGCUCUCCCCAGGAGGAAAACAGUUUGCUUAUGCCUUGCACAGCUUCAUUGAGGAGCACAAACUGUCUGACUUGAAGGUAUGGACUAGCCAGCUGAGACGCACCAUCCAGACUGCUGAGGAGCUGAUUGUGCCCUACGAACAGUGGAAGAUCCUCAAUGAGAUUGAUGCUGGUGUGUGUGAGGAGAUGACCUAUGAUAUGAUCCAGAAAUCCUUCCCAGAGGAGUUUGCCCUGAGGGACCAGGAUAAGUACCACUACCGCUACCCAGGGGGAGAGUCCUACCAGGACCUGGUGCAGCGGUUAGAGCCUGUCAUCAUGGAGCUAGAGAGACAGGGCAACGUGCUGGUUAUCUGUCACCAGGCUGUCAUGCGCUGCCUGCUGGCCUACUUCUUGGAUAAGAGUGCAGAUGACCUGCCCUACCUGAAAUGUCCACUGCACACAGUGCUCAAACUCACUCCUGUUGCGUAUGGCUGUAAAGUGGAAAUGUUUUAUCUUAAUGUGAAGGCAGUGAACACACAUCGCGACCGACCACUUGAUAAUGUCCCGAGGGACCCAGCUCCCAUGCUGCUCCGACGGAAUAGUUAUACCCCCCUGUCCAGUCUCGACCAGUUCAAGCGGCCCAGGCUCUACAGUGCCGGCAACCGGCCCUGGCUCCCUGAGAUGCCAGAGGGGAUGCUGCAGCAAAGCCAACCUCGUAUAGGAAGCUGUUUUCUGACUCCCUGUGUGAAGGAGUCGACUAUGACAGCCCAGAAACUAGUGGCUGUUUCCGCUUCUGAGUGACUACGAAGUCACCUUCAUGUUCAGCUGGUGCCUCAGUUUCUCCCUGUGACCUGAAGCUCAUCAUCAUCCCCUCCUCCAUUUCUCUGCAUGCCAAACCUCUGGAACAACUGGUGGAAUACUGUAACCAAAAAAAAGCAGUUGUAGAAACAUCUCACGGAUGAUCAUUGGAAACAGGAUGCACCUGAGCUCAAUUUCGAUUCUCAUAGCAAAGGGUCUGAAUACUUAUGUAAAUAAGGUGUUUCAACCUGUUUUCGCUUUGUCAUUAUGGGGUAUUGUGUGUAGAUUGCUGAGGAUUAUUUAUUUAUUUAAAUCAUUUUAGAAUAAGGCUGUAACGUAACAAAAUGUGGGGAAAAAUCUAGUGGGCUGAAUCAUUUCCGAAGGCACUGUGUGUAUAUAUAUAUAUAUAUAUUAUAUAUAUAUAUUAUAUAUAAUUUUAGAUUAGAAGUUAGUCCAGUGCUCUUUAAAAAUUAAAUGAUUGUAUACUGAAAUGGUCACAUUUCUUAAUGUUGCAAGUUAUUUCCUGUGCCUUUUGUGGCAUGCUGUAUAAUAAAUAUGUGUAUAAUCAUACACAUGAAGGUUCCAAAUAAAUGUAAAGAGGUGUGACUAUAUAUUUGAUAGUUUUCCAAGGAUAGCCUGCUCUGCUCAAGAAUGUACUGUAUUCAAUACACAGCUGCGUGAAUUUUAACAUGCCAAAUGUUGCCUGUUGAUAUGGACUUCAUUGCAUCAAUCAGCUAGUUUAGCAUUGUUGAAUUGUAUUUAAGACUUUCUCCAGUAAUUGUAUUAAAGAAUCAAUGAAGAUAUAAAACAGA